CUAACACACACAAAGUGCAAGAAUCAGGCGGCGCUAGGACCUGCCCGACAUCCCCCGGCGACCUGUCUGCUCCCAUUCAUUCAACAGCAGCAGAUAAAGUGCACAGAGGGUCUCAGAGACCCCCUUAUCCAUCCUAGACACAGGCAGGCAUGGUGAAGGGUCAGCUGAAGAGAGAACUCAUGGCUGCCUGCUCUGAUAAAUCACAGAUGCCCAGGUGCCCACUCACUGCCAUCCUGAGCUCUCAAGCUGAUGCCAUGGGACAGAUCACCACUUUCCUGGACAAUGUGCAAGUCCUGCUGGAGGCUGCCAGCUACCUGGACAGGCUGGACCAAGACAGGAAAAGUAAGUUUGAGGGUGUGUGAUGGGGGAUAAGGGGUACACAGACUCCUGGGCACACAGCUAAACAAAGGAGUCUGCAUGGUGCACACUCAGCUAUUGUCAGUCAGUGCCAGCAGCCAGACAGGGCUAGGAGAGGGCACCCUGCCAUCUGGCUGUGGGGGCACACAAUCCACUCCAGAGAGAAGGCGCUGGGAAUGUGACUUGCGAACACUGGGCUGUUUAUUGGCACCAGUUUAUUACUGAAAUGGUUAAAUACAAGGGUUACUCAAGUUUAAUGCUGAGCAUCUAUUGUUGCACUGAGAUGGGAAUGUAUUCUGCAUGAAGCAGGAGUUGUGGGAUUUGAAAUAUGUUUAAUAUAUUUUUAUAAUUUUUGUUUCUGGCUGAUGGGCGGUUUAGGGGAGCCCUGUUUCUGGCUGAUGGGGGGGUUUUGGGGAGCCCUGUUUCUGGGUCAUGAGAGGUUUAGGGGAGCCCUGUUUUUGGCUGAUCGGGGGUUUAGGUGAGCCCUGUUUUUGGCUGAUGGGGGGGUUUAGGGGAGCCCUGUUGCUGUGUUACUGAUAUUUGGGGGUGAUCCAUUUUGAAGUGAGGAUGGCUCUUUGUUAGAGUUUUUUUCUGGUAGCUGCUUUUUGUGUAACAAAGGAUUAGCCAUUUGUGAUUCAGGCUGGUCACACUGGCAGCAGGUCUGAUAGCUGCACAAUAUGGCAAUUUCUACAAUGUCAGGGCUGGGCUGGGACACAAUGGGCUCGGAGUGUAGGAAGGGGGUGGGUGUACCCCCUGGGCUGUGCCUGCUGCCAGCCACCUGCACUGGGAGCCUGGACUGGCUUAUCCUUGGCUGGGGCUUCAUAGACCAAUAGCAUUAACCAGACAGUGUAGGGUGCCUUGCUUACACACUAACCAGUGAUAACUCGCUAAACUCACACUUACCAGUGAUAACUCGCUAAACUCAUACUAACCAGGGAUAACUGACCAAACUCUCACUAACCAGGGAUAACUGACCAAACUCACACUAACCAGGGAUAACUGACCAAACUCACACUAACCAGGGAUAACUCGCUAAGCUCACACUAACCAGGGAUAACUCGCUAAGCUCACACUAACCAGGGAUAACUCGCUAAACUCACACUAACCAGGGAUAACUCACUAAACUCACACUAACCAGGGAUAACUCACACUAACCAGGGAUAACUUGCUAAACUCACGAUAAGUAGCUUUAAACACACUAACCAGGAGUAACUCGCUAAGCUCACACUAACCAGGAAUAACUCGCUAAACUCACACUAACUAGCUGUAACACACUAACCAGCGAGAGAUAAUGCAUACUAGCCAGGCAAACUACCCUAAUCAGGCAUAACUCACACUAACUAGAGAUUAUCAACUCGAGCCAACACAGGCUAGCUAGUUAUUACACACUGGACUAAGUCUAUUUUCCAAGGUUAACUAACUAGUUCUAACUCACUAACAUGGGCACACACACAUUUCUGGUUUGUGUAUGGGAUCCUUGAACAUGCAAUGACACGGUUAGUGGUAGAUAUAGAGCUGCAGUGAUCCGCUGGGUAGUAGUGAGGGCCUGGAUCCGCCCACCAGAUGAGGUGGCUCCUAGUUACUGUAAGAUGCCAAUAACUAACAGGGUGGGAAUGUGUUUGUGUUUCUAAGAGUGACUGAGUUUUCACAGAGUCACAUCAAGAUCUGGGGCAAAGUUCUGAAAGAGGAGCAACCAGCAGGAACAUUCCAUUGGUUUCCAUGGUGACUGCUUCACUUUUACUUCUUCACUCCACAGAUGCGACUUAUACAUUACAUUGAGGAAGUGCUUGACAGGAUUCCUCCUCUGUCUGAUUAAAGAAAAUGUUCAAUUAAAUAUAAAAUAUUAGUAACCUACACCUGUGGGGCAGCUUCAACCAGCCCAUGCUGCCUGCUGGUGAUGGGAGUUGUGAGUGGGAUGCCCAGGAUGCACAGCUGGUGCCCCCUGUGGGACAUUAGAUCUGCCGGGCGAGGAGCUCAUGCAGAGCUGCUAUCACAAGGUGUUGCAGAGAUCGGGAACAAUGGAACAAGUCUAAUACAAAGUGUCAAAAGAGGCAAUCAGAGUCCAUGGGUUUCCAUGGUGACUAUUUAUUGCUAAACAUGCAUGGAAUGAGGGAUCAGAUUUCCACUGUUUAUGUAACCCUGGCUGUUUAUAGCAAAUAUUUACCUAUAAAACAAUGUAUCCCUGUACCUAACCCAGACUGAUUCUGGCUACUACUAAACAAACAUCUACUAAACAGUUUCAGAGUCAGAUGAGGGAAUUCAAACUCCUGAAAAGAAAUGAGAAAUCUGAAUAUUUAAUACAUUAUAUUAGGGGGCUGGCAGGAACAAAGAAACACGUGGCUCCAGAUACAGGCAUGUAAUACAUGUAAAUCAUGGAAUAGGCUGCAGAGUGUGUCCAGGUACCUGCAUGGAAUGGGUUUCUCUGAGAGAUCAGACACACGUGGGCUAGGUACAUGUAUUGUAGAGGGUAAUCCUUAUGUAUGCUUGGUACAUGCAUGGAAAAAGCUGCCCACCAAUGGCCAAAUCAGUCACCAGGUACAUGCAUGUAGGUUUGUGUGUGUGUGGCUGGGUACAUGCAGGUAGAAUGUUACUGUGAGUGGUCAGGUACAUAUAUGUGAAAGCUUGAUGUGCAAGAUCUGGUACAUUAAUGUACCAAGAUUGAUUAUAUCAGCAUGCACACGUCUGUAGCAGUGCUGUGUGAACACGUGUACACAGUUACACACAAUAUAACAUGUACCCAAUGUGUAAGCAGAGCCUCUUUCUCUCUCUCUCUCUGUCUGUGAUACAGUGUUUAAAGUGUAUGUGCAGAUCCCCCCUCUCUCUGUGAUAGUGUUUAUAGUGUAUGUGCAGAGCCUCUCUCUCUGUGACAGUGUUUAUAGUGUAUGUGCAGAGUCUCUCUCUCUCUCUCUGUGACAGUGUUUAUAGUGUAUGUGCAGAGCCUCUCUCUCUGACGCAGAGCCUCUCUGACACAGUGGUUAUAGUGUAUAUGUGCAGAGCCUCUCUCUCUGACACAGUAGUUAUAGUGUAUAUUCAGAGCCUCUCUCUCUCUGUGACACACAGUGGUUAUAGUGUAUAUUCAGAGUCUCUCUCUCUCUCUUUGACACACAGUGGUUAUAGUGUAUGUGAAGAGCCUCUCUCUCUCUCUGUGACACAGUGGUUAUAGUGUAUGUGCAGAGCCUCUCUCUGUGACAGUGUUUAAAGUGUAUGUGCAGAUCCCCUCUCUCUGUGAUACAGUGUUUAUAGUGUAUGUGCAGAGCCUCUCUCUCUCUGUGACAGUGUUUAUAGGUUUAUAGUGUAUGUGCAGAGCCCCUCUCUCUGUGACAGUGUUUAUAGGUUUAUAGUGUAUGUGCAGAGCCUCUCUCUCUGUGACAGUGUUUAUAGGUUUAUAGUAUAUGUGCAGAGCCUCUCUCUCUGUGACAGUGUUUAUAGUGUAUGUGCAGAGCCUCUCUGUGACAGUGUUAAUAGGUUUAUAGUGUGUGCAGAGCCUCUCUCUCUGUGAUAGUGUUUAUAGUGUAUGUGCAGAGCCUCUCUCUCUCUGUGACACACAGUGUUUAUAGUGUAUGUGCAGAGCUUCUCUCUCUGUGACACACAGUGUUUAUGGUGUAUGUGCAGAGCCUCUCUCUCUGUGACAGUGUUUAUAGUGUAUGUGCAGAGUCUCUCUCUCUCUCUGUGACAGUGUUUAUAGUGUAUGUGCAGAGCCUCUCUGACACAGUGGUUAUAGUGUAUAUGUGCAGAGCCUCUCUCUCUGACAGUAGUUAUAGUGUAUAUUCAGAGCCUCUCUCUCUCUGUGACACACAGUGGUUAUAGUGUAUAUUCAGAGUCUCUCUCUCUCUCUCUCUCUCUUUGACAAAAAGUGGUUAUAGUGUAUGUGAAGAGCCUCUCUCUCUCUCUGUGACACAGUGGUUAUAGUGUAUGUGCAGAGCCUCUCUCUGUGACAGUGUUUAUAGUGUAUGUGCAGAGCCCCUCUCUGUGACACAGUGGUUAUAGUGUAUGUGCAGAGCCUCUCUCUGUGACAGUGUUUAUAGUGUAUGUGCAGAGCCUCUCUCUCUCUCUGUGACACAGUGGUUAUAGUGUAUGUGCAGAGCCUCUCUCUGUGACAGUGUUUAUAGUGUAUGUGCAGAGCCCCUCUCUGUGACACAGUGGUUAUAGUGUAUGUGCAGAGCCUCUCUCUGUGACAGUGUUUAUAGUGUAUGUGCAGAGCCUCUCUCUCUCUCUGUGACACAGUGGUUAUAGUGUAUGUGCAGAGCCUCUCUCUGUGACAGUGUUUAUAGUGUAUGUGCAGAGCCCCUCUCUGUGACACAGUGGUUAUAGUGUAUGUGCAGAGCCUCUCUCUGUGACAGUGUUUAUAGUGUAUGUGCAGAGCCUCUCUCUCUCUCUCUCUCUCUGUGACACAGUGGUUAUAGUGUAUGUGCAGAGCCUCUCUUCCUCUGAGACAGUGGUUAUAGUGUAUGUGCAGAGCCUCUCUCUCUGUGACAGUGUUUAUAGUGUAUGUGCAGAGCCCCUCUCUCUCUCUCUCUGUGACACAGUGGUUAUAGUGUAUGUGCAGAGCCUCUCUCUCUCUCUCUCUCUCUCUGUGACAGUGUUUAUAGUGUAAGUGCAGAGCCUCUCUCUCUCUCUGUGACAAACAGUGGUUGUAGUGUAUGUGCAGAGCCUCUCUCUCUCUGUGACACACAGUGGUUAUAGUGUAUGUGCAGAGCCUCUCUCUCUCUGUGACACACAGUGGUUAUAGUGUAUGUGCAGAGCCUCUCUCUGUGACACACAGUGGUUAUAGUGUAUGUGCAGAGCCUCUCUCUCUCUCUGAUAGUGUUUAUAGUGUAUGUGCAGAGCCUCUCUCUCUGUGACACAGUGGUUAUAGUGUAUGUGCAGAGCCUCUCUCUCUCUGUGACAGUGUUUAUAGUGUAUGUGCAGAGCCUCUCUCUCUGUGACAGUGGUUAUAGUGUAUGUGCAGAGCCUCUCUCUGUGAUAGUGUUUAUAGUGUAUGUGCAGAGCCUCUCUCUGUGACACAGUGGUUAUAGUGUAUGUGCAGAGCCCCUCUCUCUCUGUGACAGUGGUUAUAGUGUAUGUGCAGAGCCUCUCUCUGUGAUAGUGUUUAUAGUGUAUGUGCAGAGCCUCUCUCUCUCUCUGUGACACAGUGGUUAUAGUGUAUGUGCAGAGCCCCUCUCUCUCUGACAGUGGUUAUAGUGUAUGUGCAGAGCCUCUCUCUCUCUCUGUGACACAGUGGUUAUAGUGUAUGUGCAGAGCCCCUCUCUCUGUGACAGUGGUUAUAGUGUAUGUGCAGAGUCUCUCUCUCUGUGACACAGUGUUUAUAGUGUAUGUGCAGAGCCUCUCUCUGUCUGUGACACACAGUGAUUAUAGUGUAUGUGCAGAGCCUCUCUCUCUCUCUGUGACACAGUGGUUAUAGUGUAUGUGCAGAGCCCCUCUCUCUGUGACACAGUGUUUAUAGUGUAUGUGCAGAGCCUCUCUCUCUGUGACAGUGGUUAUAGUGUAUGUGCAGAGCCUCUCUCUCUGUGACAGUGGUUAUAGUGUAUGUGCAGAGCCUCUCUCUCUCUGUGAGUGUUUAUAGUGUAUGUGCAGAGCCCCUUUCUCUUUCUCUGACACAGUGGUUAUAGUGUAUGUGCAGAGCCUCUCUCUCUCUCUCUGACACAGUGGUUAUAGUGUAUGUGCAGAGCCUCUCUCUGUCUGUGACACACAGUGGUUAUAGUGUAUGUGCAGAGCCUCUCUCUCGCUCUCUGUGACACAGUGGUUAUAGUGUAUGUGCAGAGCCUCUCUCUCUCUCUCUUUGACACACAGUGGUUAUAAUGUAUGUGCAGAGCCUCUCUCUGUCUGUGACACACAGUGGUUAUAGUGUAUGUGCAGAGCCUCUGUCUGUGACACAGUGGUUAUAGUGUAUGUGCAGAGCCCCUCUCUCUGUGACAGUGUUUAUAGUGUAUGUGCAGAGCCUCUCUCUCUGUGACAGUGGUUAUAGUGUAUGUGCAGAGCCUCUCUCUCUCUGUGACAGUGGUUAUAGUGUAUGUGCAGAGCCUCUCUCUCUCUCUCUGUGACACAGUGGUUAUAGUGUAUGUGCAGAGCCUCUCUCUCUCUCUCUGUGACACAGUGGUUAUAGUGUAUGUGCAGAGCCUCUCUCUCUCUCUGUGACACAGUGGUUAUAGUGUAUGUGCAGAGCCUCUCUCUCUCUCUCUCUGUGUCACAGUGGUUAUAGUGUAUGUGCAGAGCCUCUCUCUCUCUCUCUGUGACAGUGGUUAUAGUGUAUGUGCAGAGCCUCUCUCUGUGACAGUGGUUAUAGUGUAUGUGCAGAGCCUCUCUCUCUCUGUGACAGUGGUUAUAGUGUAUGUGCAGAGCUUCUCUCUCUCUCUGACACAGUGGUUAUAGUGUAUGUGCAGAGCCUCUCUCUGUCUGUGACACACAGUGGUUAUAGUGUAUGUGCAGAGCCUCUCUCUCUCUGUGACAGUGGUUAUAGUGUAUGUGCAGAGCCUCUCUCUCUCUGUGACAGUGGUUAUAGUGUAUGUGCAGAGCUUCUCUCUCUCUCUGACACAGUGGUUAUAGUGUAUGUGCAGAGCCUCUCUCUGUCUGUGACACACAGUGGUUAUAGUGUAUGUGCAGAGCCUCUCUCUCUCUGUGACAGUGGUUAUAGUGUAUGUGCAGAGCCUCUCUCUCUCUGUGACAGUGGUUAUAGUGUAUGUGCAGAGCUUCUCUCUCUCUCUGACACAGUGGUUAUAGUGUAUGUGCAGAGCCUCUCUCUGUCUGUGACACACAGUGGUUAUAGUGUAUGUGCAGAGCCUCUCUCUGUCUGUGACACACAGUGGUUAUAGUGUAUAUGCAGAGCCUCUGUCUGUGACACACAGUGGUUAUAGUGUAUGUGCAGAGCCUCUCUCUCUCCCAGAGCUGUAACAUCACCUGACUUGCACUUCCUGAGCUCACACAUGGUUUCCACAUGGAGACAAUUCCUCCUUUCCUAUUGGCUCCCUACAAAGGGGCAGGACGACAAAUUCUUCUUAUCUACCAAUCAGAGACCAGGAGACUGCAACGUCACGCGUUGCUGAGCCCAGAGGCCGGGGGGCGUGUCAUUGCGGGUCUGUGAACGCAGGUCUGGUGAUGUCAUCAGUUACUGUUAAAGCUACAGUGUCCAAUUCUUCACAUAGUAACCCUUUAAAUACCAUGGUUGGUUAACCUGCCUUUCCAAUAUGUUUAAUUAUAGCUUUAACCCACUAACCUGUUAUUAUGUUAAUACAACAAUCCAAGAGGUGAAUAUGUGCCAGAAUAAUACAAUUUAGAAUAAAAUACUAAGACUUAUGAUUAGUUAUAUAUAUUAUUAUAUUAUGAAUAUUGUGAGUAUAACUAAUAUGUAAUGUAAAAACAGGCGUAUUUGCUUGUGGAUAAAUUGAAGAGUUUGUAUAUAGCACCAACAUGGUCCAUAGCGCAGUAAAAACUUUUACUUGAUGGGCAGUGCAUGAAAAAUGCUGACUUGCAAGAUGUAGAACUGAAUACUGCAGGAAGGUUUGAAGUCAUCAACCAGUGGAAAAUCUUGAAACAUAUGAAUUUGCACAUGCUGCUGGGGAGCACUUUUCAUGUACUGCCCAUCAACACAUGGAUGGAUAUACACUAAAGUGUGUAUUAACCAGUAUUCAGAGUGAAUUCAAACUGGUUUUAACAAUUUCAGCUAUUUUUGGUUACAUUUCCAUUUCUGACAUUUAACAUUAAAGCGAUUUUAUUUGUAGGAAAACAUGGCGAAUGUGCCUCGCUCCCUGUUACAAGUUUAGGUUGAAGCAGUAUUUUAUUCUGCAAUACAAAUCUAUGGAUUGAUAACCGUAGCCCUCCAGCAGAAUGACGACUCAGUCAAGGCUUUGCCAUCUUGUAGUUUAGAAAAGAUUUUCUCGGAUCGGAAUUUGGACCCCCCAAAAAAUAUACCAAGAACAACAUCUGACCUGCAGACCUCUGAUUGGUUGGCAUUACUAUAAAGAUCAUGUCACCAGACAAAACGAACAUUCUUAUUUCUUUUUAAUUAAACUUGUAGUGUCACUAGUUAGUAGAAUUCUAGAUUUCUAUAUUAUUAUUUACAUAGCGCCAACAAAUUCCGCAGCGCUAUACAAUGGGUAGACCAAAACUCGUAUAUAUGUAAGCAGACAAGUUUGACGCACAGUAACAGAAGUGGCAAGUGCCGUGCUCAAUGAGCUCACAUGCUAGAGGGAACCUCCGGUUAAACUAUUUGCAGCGUUGCAAAGUGAAACAUUGCACAUACAGACUCCAGGCACCAUGACCACUUCAAAUUAGUGAAAUCUUUAAAGUGUACAGAACAUCGAAAAAACACCUAUAACUUGUGACAGCCUUCUUUAUGUAAUGCUGUGGGAAUUUUUUUUUUUUUUUUUAAGAUUUGUCUACUGAAAUUAUAUUCUAGUUUCGGUCUUCGCACAUUACAUUGGAAGAAAAAUUAACGAAAUAUUGCUUCCGUAAGCAAAGGGCUGAGUUUAUAAUAUGGCGCAGAGUAGUUCUACUGUAUAGCAAAGUGGUUUUCUACAUUUAAAUUUUAUUUUUCAAAUCACAUUUUAUAAAAUCUAUAGGGAAAAGUUAACGUAAUAUUAAAAAUCCUAGAAGUGUUACCAAAAGCGAUGUAUUUGGAAACAUGCAAAAAAGAAGGACAUUUCAAGGACAGUAUUCCCCCCGGUAUUUUCUUAAUCAAAUGCAUAUUCAAUAUAGGCAUAAAGCAGUCCAGCAGGGUCGGUAAACGGACUAGAGCAUGUCCCUUUAAAAAAGAAAGCAUUGCUAAUAGUUACAAAGACUACAUUUCCCUGCAUCCAUUGCACCUCUGCCACUGUGUGACCAGCCCUCUCUGUUUGCUGCAAGAGGUAAACAAAGUGAGACUGACUCUCAGUGCUGCCUGUUCACUCUCAGCCUCUUCUCUAAAUAUCACCUACAUUACUUUUUCUCUUAAUUAACCAACUACUUACAUGUAAAAAAAAAAUAUAUAUAUAUAUAUAUAUAUAUUAUAUUUCUGCUCUGGAGAUCAGCUGCUAAUACUUUCGCUUUUGGCAACAUAACCCCCCCCCCGCACUAAAUCUCUUCAAGGGCCUUGCAUAUCUGAAAAACUUAUACCACCUUUUUAAAGUUUUUUUUUUUUUUUUUCACGGUUUUUCCUUCAUUCAAAUCAAGAAUUUAUUCCGUAUCAUAAACAGCUUUUUUAUUUAUUUAUUUCUAUUUUUUUAAAGAAAAAUCAAGCAACAAAAUAAAUUUAGUGCAUUUUGUUCGGUUUUUUUUUGGUUUGAAAUAUAAAAAUAUUUGGGGGCGAAUAUGGACUGCGUGCAAAUGUUGAAUAUCCAGAGGCUUUUAGAAGCGGCUGAAUUUUUGGAAAGGCGAGACCGAGGUAAAUAACUAUUUUGUGAUGUUUAUUUUUAGUGUUAAUUAUAGCCAACACAUUUAAUUAAGCACUUGGAUUUUAUGUAGGCCUAUAAUUUAGUACAGUAUAUAGUAAUUUAGUUCAAUAAGUUACGGCUUCUUGCAGAGCAUUGAAUGGGUUAACUCAUUUUCUUUACACUUGUGAUGGCUGUGUAGAUCUCGCUUUGGUGACCAGCGUUCAUACUGCAAAUCAUGCCUCUUACAGACUGUAGUUACAAUUUAAAUAAAAGUAUUAGCUCGAAACUAUAAACAUGGAAUUAAAGGCAUCAAUUAAUGAAAAUAUUUGUACGCAUUAAUGACUUUUGUCGCAUUAACUUAUUUCCAAAAAUUACAGUUUUGUAGGUUUAGUAAUUAAAGCAGCAAGGGGAAUUUUGGGCACAAUGAUUUAAAUGGACGAACAUUUUAAAUAUGCGAUAAAUUGUGUGUUCUAAAUUCUGAUUGGCGUUUCUAUGAUUACACACGUGUCUUUUGUUUAAGAAUAUUUUGCAAUGUUUACGUAAUGCUAAAAUGCAAAAUAAUCCUGUUAUUCUGUACCACCCAUGUACUAUAGAAACAUACACUUGCACAUCUGGACCAUAAAAAGUAGUGGGCGAGGUUCUGGGGGUUUUGGAGAUUAAACUGGGGGGGGUGUAUAUUAACCAGGAAGCUAGAAUUCAUUGUUUUCUAAAGACCGUUUUAGAUAAUGUUUGGUAGGUCUGCUGUCACAAACAGGUCAUCGUAUAUAGACGCCCUUAAUUAAAGGGUGCAUAUUGGUUUGUUUUUUGACAAUGUUUGUUUAUUUUUAAUCAGAAUUUACCAGAAAGAGAGUGCGAGGAUAUUAUACAAUCAAGCAUCUACGUUCCUCCUUGGUUACCAUGUAAAAAAUGUACAAAAGAGAAAUAGAACCAUAGAUACUUUUAAAAUUAUAUGCAGAAUACUAAAAGAUAAUAAAAAGAUCAAGGCAGCAACAUUGAGAGGAAAAAAAAUAAAAUAAUAUAUAUUUAUAAUAGUUAUAGGGAAUAAAAUGAUUAUAAACCCAAAUAUGAAAGAGAAAGGUUUCAUGCUUAUUGAGCGAUAAAACAAAAAAUCAACAACAUGUUUAAAACACAGAGUAGAAGUGCACCCUUCAAGAGAAAUACAGAUAUAUGGUUAAAUAGUUUAUACUUAUGUAUAUACACAACACAGAUGGCAAGCGAGUCUCAGCAGUGCCUAAAAAACAAUAAUAGAAUACAUAGUGUGUACUGUAGGAUAAAAGUGAGUAAUAAAUGGUUACACUCACAAAUUUCAGAGCCUUUACAGGCUCUAUAUAGUAAGCCCAAAGGUGCCUAUGCAGGCUAACGAUACGUACCCACGGACCACUUACCUCCGUGGUCCAUGGGUACUCAUCGCUAGCCUGCCAGGUGUGCCAGAUCCUGCCAGGUGUGUAAAAAUAAAAAAUAAAAGUCUGCCAACUGGACAGUCGUGGCCGGAGAAAUUGGUUGUGUAUGCACAUGGCGUCUCACGAUCCGCCGCACUGGUUUUAUUAAAUGAUCCCAUGAAUUCACUACGAUUUGUUUUAGUCACAACCAGCAUUUUCAGGGUCUUAUACAGAAAGGAAAACCCCCCACAAAACUCCAUAUUCGGCCUAGUUAACCAACUUCUGCUGAUCCCCACCCAAUAUUAGAUAUUACAUUGUAAUCUUUGUCCUGCAUGAUAAAAAAUAAAGACAUUUAUUCCCACGAGACAGACUCCCGUGAAAUAAAUGCAAUGAUUCACUGUGACUAUUUAAUGACGAGAAAUGCACAUUGUGUGUGUGUGUGUUUGUGUUUGGAAUGCAGUUGAUUGUGAGAAAGUGUUUAAAACUUGUUUUUUAUAUGAAUGGUAUUCUAAAAUGUGUUUGUCUGAAUGUGUAUUUUCAUUUACUUUUUUUUUUUUGUAUUGUUAUUAUGCAGGGCCAGCCAUUUCAUCAAGAGUACAAUUUUGCUGAAAGAGUAGUAGAGGACGGGAACUGCCUUUUAACAGAAGUGGUUGGGGAGGGAAAUGGCUACCUGAAACUUCUUGGACAAGCUGUCUGGUAUAUGCCUACGGCAAUGCUAGCAAUAAGUUGUACAUGUUUAGGUAGUGGGAAGACUAGAUGGGCCAACUGGCCAUUGUCUGUUGUCAUGAUUUGUAUUUUUAUAAAUUUUAGUGUGGCAUUUUCCAUUUCCAGUGCCUUGCCCAGUGUGCUGACGCUCUAACUCUGAUUUCUGUCCUUUCAGAAUGCGAACACGGAUAUGCUUCUACAUUCCCGGCCCCUGAGACCUGCGAUCUACUCCGGCUAAAACCCCGAAGGAUAAAAUCUAAACGAUGUAGCAACAGUCUUGGAAAUAACACCAACAGGUAGCUUCCCAUUUGCCAAUUAUUCCAGAAACCAUCAAAACCAAUCUUAGAAGGAUUUCUGCUGAUUAAAUCCGAAUUGCAUUCACCAUACUUAGAUACCACAUUGAUGCCUGCACUCUGCUGAGUCCAGCCUAGUGAUUCUAUUUAAAGAGCAGUCAUAUCUCUGCAAGUAGAAAAGAAUCCAGGCACUCCAAGGUAUUCCAACAAAUAGGCAAUUUUAUUGGACCCAAGCACCAAAAAACAACGUUUCGACCCCUUAGGGCCUUUGUCAAGCCCUAAGGGGCCUAUUUGUUGGAAUACCUUGGAGUGCCUGGAUUCUUUUCUAUAUUUAUAUUUGGUCCCUUUGGUACUGGGGCUUACCCAGGAUUCCAGGACAAGGGAUAGUGUGCAUUUCCAUUACCUAUACAUGGAUAUCUCUGAAAGUGACAGUUCCUUAAAGAAACACGCUAAGGACCGUAACCGUUAGCGUAAACAGCUAAGGACUGUAAUUAUAACAUAAUUAUAACAUUUUCGGUUAUGGUGCCUGGAGUGUUCUGGUGAUGUCCAACAGCAGGAUGUCAAACCAUUUUAGCACAGUUUGACAACUUAUCUCCCACAGGGGGCCCGCACUGCAUCCAUUACAUCUGGCCUUCUUAUGCAAAAAAGGCUGGAGUGUGCUAUAAAACAAUACAGGUCUGUGCUCAUUGGAUGGCUAUGCAGUACUCCACAGAGACUUCCAGCUUUUGCUGUGGCAAGGGCACCCAGGGGACCCUGGUAAGUCGUCAGACCGUGCUAAAAUAGCUUCACAUCUUACUUUGACUGUGGGCUGUAGUGGUUAUGGUGCGUGGCGUUUUCCUUUAAAUCCCUUUACCCCAAUAAAAGCAUUCACUGGAGCAAGGAGCACAGUGGAUAUAAGUAAAGCUCUGUAUGACCAUUCCUCAGCUUUUCCUUUCAUAGUGACAGACUUAUGCAUUCGUUAUCACCUGAUCUAAACGCACAGCACCAUGGGAGUUUACAAAUCACACACCCCCCUAUCCCCCCCCCCCCUUUAGUUUAGCUAUUGUGAUAUGCUAAAGUUCCUGAAGCAACAGUGCAUGUUUUUAUGAUAUUUACUCUCUGUAUACAGUUUUUUAUAGUCAUUAAAUAUUCUGUUGCAAAACAUUUUUCCAGUUUGCACAGGAAUUACCCUGAAAGUUCUGGCAGUUCUGCCACACGAUUCUUUGUAAGGAAGACAUUUGGCUGUUAAAUCACACAGUACGAGGCCCUCAGCAUUUACAUAUUAAGAGACAGUAACAAGCGUCUAAUUGUGUUUUCUAUUCCUACCAAAGAAGGCAUUCUGCAUGGUGUUACAAUUCUGAAAUUAUAUAAUUUUUUUUUUUUUUUUUAAAGCUUCCAUUACAGUUUUAUUGAUGUUGGAUAUAUCCUGCAAAUACAUUGCAUUUAAAAUAAUGCUUUUUAGUUUUACUUAUUUAUUCGUUUUUUGCGGGAAACAAUCAAGGAGCUUGAAUUAUGGGUCCCAAAUGUCAACACAUAAGUUAAAUUAUGGCGAUAAUCAUUUUAUGUAGAGCUAGCAAAAUUUUGCAGCUCUUAAAAAUUAUACAGGAAAACAUAUCAUUGAAAGGCUAUAAUUGAAAAAUAAAGUUAAUUUUGCUUUAAGAUGUUUAACCUCAUCAGCGGCAGUGACAUGUAGCUCAUCUAUACAAGCAUUCUCUUUGGAAUUUUUAAAUCUGCACAAUAACCUUUUGUGUCAAAUGGUUUAGCAAAUUUCAUAUAGAUCAGAUCACUUGAAAGACCUCAUCCAUGAUUUCUGUGCCUCAUUAUAAUAUGCAAUUAAGUUAGUUUGGCAUGAUCUGCCCUUCAUUAAACCUCGUUGACGCUAAUGAGGUUUUAAAUGUGUUUCUAAAAAAAAAUUUGUUUGAAAGGGACACCAAGUACCAAAACCACUACAUCUUAACGGAUGUGGUGCAUCGAGGUGCUCGUUUUUCUCUGGCAACAUAAACUAUUGCAAUUUCAGAGAAAUGGCAAUGUUUAGAUUUGAGAACACAACUUUAGUGGCUGCAGGACAGAGAGUCACUAAAGCACUUUCUCCUUAAGACCAUUUUUUCAAAGGUUUGUGUGUCUGGCGUCCCCACGCACACCUAAUGCGUCUUACAGAGAAAGAAUGAAUUCAGUAUUUUUGAAGCACUGGAUGGCAGGUCGUGUUGAUUAUUAAGCAUGCAGGAUAGAUUUACUAUACUAGAGUGUUCGUUUAAUUGCUCUUCAAACAAUUCUACCACCAAAAAGAAUAAAUAUGUCCAGACUCUGGUCUGCGUCACCAUUCCAGAAAAACACAAAAACAAUAAACUAAGUCUGGCUAUUACUAGACUACGCUUUGUUCUGGAAUUUCCCUAAAAUUUGAAUGGUCAAAAAUAGCAAAAUCUCAUUCUAGAGAAUCCUACAUAUUUAAAUGUUCCUCGCCUUCAGCUAGAUUUUUGUUGGAUUUUGGUGAUGGAACCAAAGCUUGCAUCAUGUGCAACCAGCUGGGGUGCCCCCGAAGUCAUAGCUUCGUUGUUUGUUUUUAUGCUAUGCGGUAAUAUAAAUUAAAACCUGAUAAAUGCCUGUGAUUGCUGGAUUAAGUAAAUGUAUGUAAUGUUCUUUAAUUGACUCACACAUUUAUACAUUUCUCUAAGGAAAUCUAGAUCCUUGGAUCACUCAUACAUUUUCUUUUUUUAAUAUUCUUUAUUUCUGAUGUGCAUUAAUACAUGGAUAUUGCUCAUAUACAGUAAGGAAGGCAGUGUAAAAAGUUAUAUCCAGCAGGUAAUACAAUGGUCCGAACAUUUUUUUUUUUUUAGUAAAGUAAGAUAAUUAUCUUACUUUACUAAUUAACUAAAGUUAGUAAUAAGUAAUUGGUGAGACAAGCUAGACUAGCUGAUCUGCUCAGCAUCACAAGGUUACCACUCUGUAGGCCCCUCUAUAUGGAUGGAGGAAAAGUAUAAUUGAUUGAUGGAAAGGCAUUAUAGCACAGAAAGCGGCAAUUUGCCCACAAUUAAAGGAGUAACUUGUACAUCAGCAGUUCUCCGCAGGGUGGGUAGGCUUGCAUGGCCCAGAGAGAGCCGCGUCAAGGCCCCCCGAUCACACUUCAGUCGAUGCCUGUUCUGGGCCCGAUACAGUCCCGCAGUAUGAUGCUGUGGUGACAUCUGUGUCCUUCAAGCACUUGUGACAAAUUGGUAGAAUGAGCGGUCAGUCCAUGCACAGUGCUUCCCAUUGCUCUGCAGCUCUUACACGGAACACCGCUCGUGGUUUGCGCCAUGUGAUGUUAGCUUCUGGUGCUGCCGGCGCAGUCUCUGCCGUCGGGAACAGGCUGCCAUUGGGCCCUAAGCUGCUAGUUUGCCCUAGGGCAGCCGGCCUACCCUUGCUGGUAAUUGAAUUGAUAGGGCUUGUGUCGCAUGCAGUUCCAUCCAGGACCUGUCAAAGAUGGCGUACAGCCUGGACUCCAAUGCAGACUGCUCACUCUGGUGCGUCAGGGGACAUGCAGCCUCCGCCAUGUUAGGUAAGCCUGGGGUUGAGUUGCGGAGUUUAGCAGGGCCACAAGUCUCCCAUGGAGUGUAGGGACCAACAAGGUGGGGACCGGGAUUACCCCCACCGGUCCAGAUAGGGGUAGCGGGGCAUCAGCUCCUUGGUGCUUCAGGUUAGCACGCGUUAGGCUGGGAGAUUGGCCGCCUCUCCCCAAUACUGGGCUCGCCAGGCCUCGCACUCAAUUUGUGAAGAGCAGUCGUCAGUGACCGCUGGAAGCAACCCCGAGCUGGUCAACAAUGCAGGAUAGCUAAGAGUCUCAGAUUGCCCAGGGUGAAAUGUAAAUGGCAAGGGCGACUGGACCAAAUCAAGGAAUAUAUGAGGAGCUCAGUGUAAACACGUCCAGUCGCCAUCGCUGUCAGGCCCCGGCCCCCACUCAUACAUUUUCUUUAUUUUCUUUUUUCUUUAUUCUCCUAAAUUUAAGAUCCACGCAACCUUUAAAGGACCACUCUAGGCACCCAGACCACUUCAGCUUAAUGAAGUGGUCUGGGUGCCUGGUCCUUCUAGGGUUAACCCAUUUUUUAAUAAACAUAGCAGUUUCAGAGAAACUGCUAUGUUUAUAAAUGGGUUAAGCCUUCCCCUAAUCCUCUAGUGGCUGUCUUAUUGACAGCCAGUAGAGGCGCUUGCGUGCUUCUUACUGUGAUUUUCACAGUGAGAGCACACCAGCGUCCAUAGGAAAGCAUUGUAAAUGCUUUCCUAUGCGACCGGCUGAAUGCGCGCGCAGCACUUGCCGCGCGUGCGCAUUCAGCUGGCGGGGAGGAUCGGAGGAGGAGAGGAGGCAGAGAGCUCCCCGCUCAGCGCUGGAAAAAGGUAAGUUUAAACCCCUUUUCCCCUUCCAGAGCCGGGCGGGAGGGGGAUCCUGAGGGUGGGGGCACCCUCAGGGCACUAUAGUGCCAGGAACACGAGUAUGUUUUCCUGGCACUAUAGUGGUCCUUUUAAAGUUUUAUUUUUUAUUUUUUUUAAUCUCAUUCUCCCCAUCCUAUAUCUUUAUCUAUCACUGAAAAGCAACAUGCAGAUGUGGAAUGCUGACUGUAUUUCUGUAGAUUCACAGAUGGUCUGCUGACAUCCAUUGCACUCUGAAAGCCAUGUGAACGUUCCGCUGUGACUUGUUUUUAUCACAUGACAAGUAGAGACAAACUGUGAGAAAUAAUGCAAUCUGGCAAAUAAUGAUUCUGUGCCAUUUUCCAGGAAUGCAACGUGAUCAGCCCCUCGAUUUCAAAGUGUUCACUGUGUAGUGUGAUUAAAUGCAGCAAGCUUUUAAAUCUAAAGAUCUAUUUUUAUUUAAAUAUUUAUUUUUUUGUCAAAGGGACACUAUAGUAACCAAAACAAGGUUAACUUAAUGAAGCAGUUUUGGUGUAUAGAUCCCACCCCUGCAGCCUCACUGCACAAUUCUCUUCCAUUUAGGAGUUGUCACUUUACUAAUGCAGUCCUAGUCACACCUCCCUUCAUGUGACUUACACAGCCUUACUAAACACUUCCUGUAAAGAGUCAUCUAAUUUUUAAACUUCCUUAAACAAAUUUUGUUUAAUUUAGAAUUUCUUAUCUUCUGCUCUGUGUAAUAGCUUGCUAGACCCUGCAGGCGAUUCCUGUGUGUGAGUAAAGUUCAAUUUACAAAGCAGGAGAUACAAAAAACUAAAAGUAUGUUACAUCUGAUUGAAAGUGAAACUAUUUUAUUUUCAUGCCGGCUGUAUCAGUCACAGCCAGGGCAGGUGUGACUAGAGCGCAUAAACAGAAAAAAGGCGAUUUAACUCCUAAAUGGCAGAUAAUGUAACAGUGAGAAUGCAGCGGACUAUAGUGUCCCUUUACGUUGUGUAUUUUAAACCUGAGUUAUUAGCCACAUGGGUGUGAAAGCGAUUUGUCAACUAAUAGGUAGAUUUACAGUCCUGACAUCAAGCUAUUAAAUAAUAUGAGGUCUUCAUUGCGGUUAAUAUACUUAUUAUAUUUUAGGAAGUCUAGUCUGCUACACCUCCUCCAAUAUAGGCAGAACUCUGCUCUACUGCCAAACGUGGGAAUCCAACACGCCUCUGCCAGUAUUUUGCGAAAAUCCUAUAAUCAGCUGUUUCUUUGAAAACCUGUUUUAUUUUGGGAGAUGAAAGUCUGUGUCCAAACAACCAUAGGAAAAGGAUAUCCUGCCCUCGAUUGGGUUGUUUUUGGAUCACGGGGUAGUUUAAGGUAGUGACACAGAAAAGCAUUUUAUUGUUGGUAUACUGUAACCGUACUUCAAUUGGAUUUAUUUCUGAACACCCUUUCAGAGCCAUAGAUCCCAAAAGACAUUUUAUUUUAACCCAAUAGCAAGCCCCCAAUAUGUGUUUGCGUUUAUUCUGUGUACAAUUAGUAGAUGUCUGCAGUAACAAAGCAGACGGCGUUAGGCGUACUACUUACAAAGAAACGUUUGGUUAUAAAUCUUGCUUUCUUGCCCCUUACCCAAUACAAUUUUUGGAUCCCAGCAACAGCCAUCUUAUACAGGGAGUGCAGAAUUAUUAGGCAAGUUGUAUUUUUGAGGAUUAAUUUUAUUAUUGAACAACAACCAUGUUCUCAAUGAACCCAAAAAACUCAUUAAUAUCAAAGCUGAAUAUUUUUGGAAGUAGUUUUUAGUUUGUUUUUAGUUAUAGCUAUGUUAGGGGGAUAUCUGUGUGUGCAGGUGACUAUUACUGUGCAUAAUUAUUAGGCAACUUAACAAAAAACAAAUAUAUACCCAUUUCAAUUAUUUAUUAUUACCAGUGAAACCAAUAUAACAUCUCAACAUUCACAAAUAUACAUUUCUGACAUUCAAAACAAAACAAAAACAAAUCAGUGACCAAUAUAGCCACCUUUCUUUGCAAGGACACUCAAAAGCCUGCCAUCCAUGGAUUCUGUCAGUGUUUUGAUCUGUUCACCAUCAACAUUGCGUGCAGCAGCAACCACAGCCUCCCAGACACUGUUCAGAGAGGUGUACUGUUUUCCCUCCUUGUAAAUCUCACAUUUGAUGAUGGACCACAGGUUCUCAAUGGGGUUCAGACCAGGUGAACAAGGAGGCCAUGUCAUUAGAUUUUCUUCUUUUAUACCCUUUCUUGCCAGCCACGCUGUGGAGUACUUGGACGCGUGUGAUGGAGCAUUGUCCUGCAUGAAAAUCAUGUUUUUCUUGAAGGAUGCAGACUUCUUCCUGUACCACUGCUUGAAGAAGGUGUCUUCCAGGAACUGGCAGUAGGACUGGGAGUUGAGCUUGACUCCAUCCUCAACCCGAAAAGGCCCCACAAGCUCAUCUUUGAUGAUACCAGCCCAAACCAGUACUCCACCUCCACCUUGCUGGCGUCUGAGUCGGACUGGAGCUCUCUGCCCUUUACCAAUCCAGCCACGGGCCCAUCCAUCUGGCCCAUCAAGACUCACUCUCAUAUCAUCAGUCCAUAAAACCUUAGAAAAAUCAGUCUUGAGAUAUUUCUUGGCCCAGUCUUGACGUUUCAGCUUGUGUGUCUUGUUCAGUGGUGGUCGUCUUUCAGCCUUUCUUACCUUGGCCAUGUCUCUGAGUAUUGCACACCUUGUGCUUUUGGGCACUCCAGUGAUGUUGCAGCUCUGAAAUAUGGCCAAACUGGUGGCAAGUGGCAUCGUGGCAGCUGCACGCUUGACUUUUCUCAGUUCAUGGGCAGUUAUUUUGCGCCUUGGUUUUUCCACACGCUUCUUGCGACCCUGUUGACUAUUUUGAAUGAAACGCUUGAUUGUUCGAUGAUCACGCUUCAGAAGCUUUGCAAUUUUAAGAGUGCUGCAUCCCUCUGCAAGAUAUCUCACUAUUUUUGACUUUUCUGAGCCUGUCAAGUCCUUCUUUUGACCCAUUUUGCCAAAGGAAAGGAAGUUGCCUAAUAAUUAUGCACACCUGAUAUAGGGUGUUGAUGUCAUUAGACCACACCCCUUCUCAUUACAGAGAUGCACAUCACCUAAUAUGCUUAAUUGGUAGUAGGCUUUCGAGCCUAUACAGCUUGGAGUAAGACAACAUGCAUAAAGAGGAUGAUGUGGUCAAAAUACUCAUUUGCCUAAUAAUUCUGCACUCCCUGUAUUUUCAUUCGGUGUUAUGAAGAAACCCGUCAUAUGCUGAAGUGAACCCCCUAAGAAAUCAACACGUCAAAAUACACACAGAUACAUUCAGAUAACUGUAUCCUGUAAGAGACCUUCUAUUCUACAAAAAAAAAAAAAGGUUCUAUUAACAUUGAUUUAAAGGGUUUAUCGUGUGUAAAAAUAAACACGAAAAUUAGAAUUUCAUAUGCACACUUUUUUUCCUUCUACUUAAAACAUCAAAUAACCAGACAUGUAACUAGAACCCUUUUCUCCCCGUCAGCAUUUUAUAGGUAGAAUAAACACUCUUUCGUCUUUCUUGUGUGUGUGUGUGCGCAUCGUACAACGUACGCAAGUCUUACUCCUAACAAUUCAACGGUCUUGAAAGUUGUUUUAGAGUACCUUUUAAAAACAACCUAGAGUUAAACAGACACAUUUACGUAUCUUUAUCUCUUUACUCCGCCCCUCCCAAGAAAGUAGAUCUGCGUAUGUAUACACACGCUUUGUUUUUAAAUAUAGAUUGAUAAAAAUACAGAAGCCUUUUAAGCUGCUAGUUUUAUAGCAAUGGCAACAAGCUUUCAGCCGAUCUGUGCCCUCUCUAUCAUUAUGCAGUUCAGAAAGACUAUUGGAACCUGUGUGUAUUCGUUAUGGCAUAGCAGACAAAGCUCCUGCGUGCGUGUUCAUAGUGUAGUUAAAUAUUUAAGCUGUGCUCGGUUUGUAAAAUGUUGAACGUUUAAUUUGAUUAUAGAAAGUGAAUGGAAGCCUAUAAAUGCAGGACACUAAUUCCCAAUGCAGCUGGCUCCACAGAAAUGGAUAUUUUGGAAAUGUAGUACAGCCGGAUUUUACCAACAGCUGUUUAAUGACUUAUCUCUGAAAACGCUGGUGUAGUUCGGCAGUUGGUACCCUUUGAAAUUCCCGGCGUUAAAACUGAUCUAUUGAUGACAUACCACAAGCUUAAGUGGGAUUCCCUUCCAAAUACUGAAGGCCCCUUUCUUGGAAUAUAGGGCUGCUCAAUAUUCUUAUUAAAUUCAUGGUCACGCAUGGGUUCAUAGUAUUCUAUACUGAAGAUAAGCACCGUGUCAACCACAAACAUUUAGUAAACAAACAAAAUGUAUUUAUUAUUAUUAAUUAUUUAUAUAGCGCCAACAAAUUCUGGAGCGCUGUACAAUAUUUACAAAACAGAAAAAGACAAGAAAAAUUGAGGAUUCUUGUUGGGUGUGUUUUUAAAAUAGGUUAAUUACGUGUGCAUUUCAGAAUAUCUUUAAUAGACAUCUCUACUUGACUAGGAAAGCGCGGACUAUGAUAGUUUAGCAUUUUAUUGUUUGUUUUGGGGAGACUGAGCUAAAGUAGGUAAGUCUAUAUCCUUUGUUCAUGGCACCCCAAAAAUAAAUAAAUAAAAUAAAUAAAAAAAUUGUCUAGCGGUGAUGGGAAAUAUGGAUGGAGGCCAAUUUGUUUUUCAGAAUAAAUUUUAGUGCGUCUUUACCAUCUACUAUUGUUUCUCUCAGUAUCGCUCAACUGCCUUCCCUGAACUACAAUAGGCAAGAUUAAUAGUUCCAGUUUAUUAAAUGCUUGUGUUGUGUGGUGGUGUGUGUAGCUUUGAACAUGCAGCGAGCAUGGUGUUUAUUAUUGUCUUUUUUGCUUCCAUGCACCAUAACCACUACAUCACGCUAUCUUACAGUGCCCUGGCACUACCGCAUUGCUGUUUGGCUUUAUACUCUUUACUUGGGGCCUGCUGGACUCCUUCUGGUGUUGAGAGAAAAAAAAGCUCAGAGCAGGCGUUAAACCUGAUCUAAGCUUUGCAGUGUAGGGCUAGCUUAUUGGAUGAGAGCAUGAGUUGAAGACUCUCAGCCAACACUAGAAAAGACAGGAAGCGCUCUGUAGCGGCUGCGGUACUUGAAAGAGGACCACACCAACUUCAGCUAUCAAAAAACAGAUUUGUUUUUUAUCCCACCACGAAUACCUCCAUGUGUGGGAGGAGACAAUCCAUUAACGUUUAAAUCAAGCAGACAUCAACUGUUGUGGUCAUUCAGUGUGCUCCGUGAGCAAUUCAAAGUGAACUGGGAGUGAACCUCAAACCAUUCACAUUUUAUGUUCGAUCAUUGAUGAAGGGUGGACAUGUUGUGAAAAACCCAAGAACUACAGAUACAAGGUUAAAAAUGAUUCAGGCUGUGUUAUUGUGCCUUGUGUCACAGUGUGUGUAACACAAAACAAAAUGUUACAAAGUCAAACCUAGGGAUUUGUUCACUUGUUUACGAGCAGAUAUGUAGAUAUAGUGUGUGACUUGGGAAGUGGGGGACUACCCUUGGUUACAAUAUAUCGGUUUACUUUUGUUGGAACAUAUUGUCCUGUCCUUGGUGAUCACCAGAAUUAUCUUCCAUUGUCUUACAGUUCUAUCCAGUACAAGCCAUGCCCUUCAAGUACUGUCUUGAUAGAUACACAGGGGAGUUCGUUUUAGAAAGUGUCUAUUAAACAGCAAAGAGGUUUUAUAAUAAUACAUAAUAAAUGGGAGUAUCUAAAAUUACAAAUCAAAUAUUGACAACUACUAACUAAUACCAUGGACAGCUCGUGCAAGCAACACGGGGUCUUCUUGGAAUAGAAGGAUGCAGGGGUAGUGUCUUCUUAGAGGGGGAACAAGAAUGGUCACGUGCAAAACUACAUAUGGUGAUGUGGACGUCCUUGCAAUGUACAAAGCGGUUGGUCUUAGGAUUUCAGCUGAACAGAAAUUAACCCCUUCAACUGUGAAUUAAAGGACCACUAUAGUGCCAGGAAAACACACUUGUUUUCCUGGCACCCUCAGGGUCCCCCUCCCGCCGGGCUCUAGUGGGUGGAAGGGGUUAAACUUACCUCUUUCUCCAGCGCCGGGCGGGGAGCUCUCCUGUUCCUCUUCGGCUGAAUGCGCAUGCGCGGAUUCAGCCAGUCCAUAGGAAAGCAUUCUCAAUGCUUUCCUAUGGACGUAAGUGUGUUCUCACUGUGAAAAUCACAGUGAGAAGCGCGGAAGCCCUCUAGCGGCUGUCAAUGAGACAGCCACUAGAGGCUGGAUUAACCCAUAGGUAAACAUAGCAGUUUCUCUGAAACUGCUAUGUUUACAGAAAAAAGGGUUAGUCCUAUCUGAACCUGGCACCCAGACCACUUCAUUAAGCUGAAGUGGUCUGGGUGCCUAUAGUGGUCCUUUAAUUUUCCAAAUCUGCACACUGUGCAAUGCACCACGCUAUGUGAUGGAAUGAUAAUGUACACCAGGGUUAAACCUCACGGCUUUCAUUUUUGUAAUUUCAGAUCAACACACAACGAGCUGGAGAAGAACCGGUAAGUGCCUUUAAUAAUAACUUAUUUUAACAAAAAAAGGGAACUUUAAUAUAUUGAUCAAGUUGUGUUGGUAUGGUUAGAUUUUCAGUAAUACAGAAUUUCUGUUUGCCUCUGUCCCCCUUUCCAUGCUUCUUUCUAAUAAAUUCCUGAAAAAAUGAUUGCUUACAAACUGUAUUAAGCGAAUACCAGAAGAGUUCUCUUCCUUUAACACGUUAGAAGAUAAUCUGUUUAUUAAAGGACCACUAUAGUGCCAGGAAAACAUACUCGUUUUCCUGGCACUAUAGUGCCCUGAGGGUGCCCCCACCCUCAGGGACCCCCUCCCGCCCGGCUCUGGAAAGGGGAAAGGGGUUAAAACUUACCUUUUUCCAGCGCUGGGCGGGGAGCUCUCUGCCUCCUCUCCUCCUCCUGGGCUGAAUGCGCACGCGCGGCAAGAGCUGCGCGCGCAUUCAGCCCGUCGCAUAGGAAAGCAUUUACAAUGCUUUCCUAUGGACGCUGGCGUGCUCUCACUGUGAAAAUCACAGUGAGAAGCACGCAAGCGCCUCUAGCGGCUGUCAAUGAGACAGCGGCUAGAGGAAAUAGGGGAAGGCUUAACCCAUUCAUAAACAGCAGUUUCUCUGAAACUGCUAUGUUUAUGAAAAAAUGGGUUAACCCUAGAAGGACCUGGCACCCAGACCACUUCAUUAAGCUGAAGUGGUCUGGGUGCCUAGAGUGGUCCUUUAAUGUUUGCAUCUUAACAUCCUUAUUUGUGAACUCCACAGAGUAAAAUAGAGAAAUGCUGUUCUCUUUAGACUUUGCCAUCUCAUAGUUACUCGAGCUGGAUGUAAAGGUUAAAUCAUAUAGAAACCAUUCAAAAUCUAUCAUUUUCAGCAAUAAACCAAGUCUUGUGACCUGAAUCCUACCCUUCCAAGGGUCAGCAGCUGACCUGCUUAAUGCAGUGUGAAUGUGGGAGUUUAAUGAAAGGGUGGUGAUCAGGCAAGAUGUAGGAGUGCGGGACCCUGUGUUUAGGACCAGAGUCUGACCUGCUGUGAUCAAUUGAGUUUACUAUUAUAGCUCAUUGCCAUGUCACCACAUUUUAUUUAUUUAUUUUCGGUGUGUAAGUUAAUGAUCCUAAAUAGCUGCCCGUCAUCUAAGCCCGUGAAAUCCGCUGAGCAGACAGUUGCCAUUGUUCAGUAUAAUUUAUAAAAACAGUGAUGUACACAAUUUCAGAUGAAAUAGUCAAGCUGGGAAAAUUAGCCAAAGUUGGAUAUUGUCACCCCGUUCCAUCAUCAAAUUCAGCUACGGGGUUAAAAUGUGCAAUUCUUUUAUCGAUCUCUGUAAUUACUAUACACUAUGUAUAAAUGCAGGAAAAUUACAUGGAAAUGUAGAUUGGGUUCAAUGAAAGACGAGCCAUCUGACCAACCCUUUAUCCAGAUGACCCUUGGUUAUUUUGGGCCUCCAGGUUAUCUAGAGGGUAGUGUUAAACGUGUACUUAAAAUGACCUCAAGGAUGCCUCUACUCUUUUAGUCUAGAAUUCUUCUGGGCCUAAUAAUCUUUCAGAGCAGUCGCCACAAUCUAGUUGCUCAGGGGCAGCGUAGCAGAUUGUGUUGAAUUGCGAUUUUAUUGAGAUUACGCUCAAUAAGUCACACACAAUACUGUCAUGAGAAAUUAUACACACAGAAAAAUGUAAGAAAAUAUCAGUAUGCUACAGUCAACCGGUCAGGAAAAGAAAUCUGGUAAAACAUUUAAUAUUCAUUACAGAUCUAGGAUAACAAGUUAAUUUCCCCAACCAUUCCCAGUACUUUCAGAACAUGGGACCCAGGUAAAUGCCAAGGAAAAGCUAUUUGAUCCCUUUAAACUGGGCUUUUAUGUCACUGUAGCAGAAUGUAUCCAUCGGUAUCCUGUAGAAAGGAAUUGUGUGGACACACACUUAUUUUUCCAAAGUAUUUUGUUUUUAGACAUUUAUGGUGACCAGUUGAUGAAGUUACUGGCGUGUGUCUUCCAUACAUAAAUGGGACUCUGUAAUAGAUGGAGAAGUCCCAGCCCCUUCCCCUCCCCCCCUUUUUUAACCUUUUACUAGAAUAUCCCUUUAAGAACUAAUGCCAGCUUUACCUGGUUAAUAGGCAGCUGUUUUGGUGUCUUUAGUUGUUGGAUCAGUGGAUAGACUGGUGCAAGAUUCUCUGUUAAUUGUGCCCUGUUGUGAAGGUCUUUUAAAUUUACAGUAUUUCUUUUUAUUGUUCUUUGAUUAAGGAAGUGGUGGCAGAAAUGGGAUUUUUUUCAUUACAUCCUUGCUCAUUCUUGUAGGAGUGCUACAGACCAAGCAGAAACUCUGCAGCUGUCUAUAGUGAUUACCCAACAAAUACACAAAACCAAAACUUUUUACGCAAUAGAUAUUUUUUUCACAAAGUGUUUGUUCCUUAAUGACCCGUAAUACCAUAGUAAAAGUGGCUCAGAUUGGUUCACACACACACACACACACACACGGAUUUAGUUUAUAAAUCCCUGAUCUAAGAGAACUAUCUGUAAGCUAUGAAUGGGACUGUCAGCAGUGGACACAUGAUCAACAAAACUGAACAGAAAAGGGGGUAGGUGAAUAGACGAAUGGCCGAGACAGGACCAAAGACUACUCCAAAAAAAAUAAAAAAUAAAAUAAAAAAAUAAAAAAAUAAAUAAAUUAAAAAAAAAAAAAUCACAUUAGCCGCUCGCACAAUAUUGGCUUAAAAAAAACAGGUCAAUAGUAAUUGGGAAGAUAAAGGACAGCUGCCUCAUGGACGACAUCAUGGCUAGGGUGUGGGGUACACAUAGGAAGUUCGAGAGGACUUGGGGACUGUGGAGAGAGAGCCACCUGGCUGAUUAGAGAGAUUACCGGGGCGCAUCUGGCGUGUUUGCCCUCCCGCUUGCCCCCUGCCCUGUACCGCCCGCCCCCCAUUUGCUCUCAGUCACCCUUGGCUAUCCUGGCCCUCUCCCUUCCCCCGCCCUCCCAGGGCUGGGCUUGUCCCUUCCCCCCUCACUUUUCCCCCUUUCUCUUACUGCUUUCUAUCUAUCUCUCUUACUUUCCUUUAGGCCCUCUCUCUCACAGAGGGCCUGAUAUAUACAAAUCCAGCAUCCAUAAGCAUAGAAUGCACACAUACGCUCACACACGCCCUCAUUUAGUAUUGAAGGUCGCACCAUAUGACAGCGAGUAUUGGGGCAGGGGAAGAUGGCUAGAAGGAAUUUGACAACAGAAGUAGUGGGACGAUAAAGGAAAUAGCACAAAUGCCCUAGUGCCCACUGACCCCGGUAGCAACCCUGCACAUAUACCGAUCCCACCAUUUGCGACCAUGUUAAUGCUUAACAUAAAAUCCAAUGACACAAUUAGGAUGUUGACUAGAAUUACUAGACCUCCUUAAGAGACAAGUUCAUCAGGUUAACUCAACUACCGCUUUGACUUGCAUGUAAUCUCGCCUUGUAUCAUCGCUAUAUUAUGUUUUCAAACAUAUAGGCUUGUGCACAAGCCCAGUUACAAACCUUUGUUAACCCCUUAAGGACAGAGCUUCAGAAGCUUGUCUUUCACUUAAUGACAACAGCAUUUUUUUCAUUUUUUGCUGUUUGCGUUCAACUGCAAUUUGCAUUUUACUAAUUUAUUGCACCGACACACAUUAUAUAUCGUUUUUUAAAGGACAGAAAGGGCUUUAAUUUGAUGUAAGACACAUAUAUAUAUAUAUAUAUAUAUAUAUAUAUAUAUAUAUACACACAUACACACACAUACAUACACACACACACACACACACACACACACACUUAUAAAAAAAAUACAGAAAAAUUCUUUUUUUUUUUACAGUUUUUGCAAUAAUAAUGUGUGCAUAAUUAGUGCAGGUUAAGGAAAGUAAUUAAAAAUAAAUUCAUUUAGUUGUUCUGAUUUACAGAAUGUAUAAUGUGUCUGGGAUUUUAAGUUUUUUUUGGUAGUUACAGGUCACAAAGCACAAGCAGUAAAAUAAACUUUUAAUGUGGAGCGAUUUUAGAAUUUGGUAUGUUUGUCUUGUAAGCUUAAUAGCCAUAAAAGAAAAAAUUGCCACACAAACGUAUAUAUUUAUAUAAAGUAGACAUCACGGGCUAUUUACCUAAGGUUGUUUUGACACUUUCUACGAAGCCAUUUCACCGCCAACCUCUGCUAAAUAUUGGAGUAAAAUUGUGGGGGUUUUUUUGUUUUUGGCACACAAACUUAUAACACAGAAAUUCUCAUGUGUAUUUUGUAAAGUUGGUGUUUGCUAUUCCUGUACAAAGUUUUAUUUUGUGUUCAGUUACAUCUGCUGAGUAAAAUGACACCCCUAUUGUAUGUCUUUGGUACUAUUUCAGUAUUCACAGUAGAAUUUUGAGAGAUGGAUUUAAUGAGCCUAUGCUUCCAUUUGGGGUAUUAUAACAGUUUGACUGUUCAAAAAAGCCCACAAAGGCCUACCAUUUGUAAAAGUAGACACUCCGGGGUAUCUCAUAAGGUGCAUAUUGUGCCUUAACAUGCCCCUAUUUUUCACCAAUAUUUGCUAAAGUAUGUGAUAAAAAAUAAUUUUGUGCGUUUUUUACAUAUGGAUUGCAUUUUUGCUGGGCAUUUUGUAUAUUUCACAUGUGCCACUAAUUACAAACCCCCCAAAUUAUGCUCGGCUAAGUCUUCUCAGUAAAAUGACACCCCCAAUGAAUGUCUUUGGCACUAUUUUGUGAAGCUACAGUGCCAUAUAGGAGACCAAGCCAAAUCCGUUUUUACCGAACUUUGAAUUUUGACGCUGGGCCUAUGUGCAAUUUCCAAGCAUCUUAGCAGGGUUUAAAUUUAACCUAACCCACAAAGGCCUACCAUUUCUUAAAGUAGACACCCCAGGGUAUUUCAAAAGGCAUAUUUUGAACCUUAGCGUGGGAUCAUUUUUCCGCUAGCUUGUACCAAGUGUAGUGGUAAGUGUUUUUUCUGCCUUUUUGACACACAAAGUGAGUUUGCACAUUAUAUUUUGCAAACCUUAUGUGUGCUACGACUGUAUAAUAGUGAUGUCCCGAACUGUUCGCCUAACGGUUUGCGAACGGUUCGCCGCUGACUCAUCAUUGAGUAAACUUUGACGCUGUACCUCACAGUCAGCAGACACAUUCCAGCCAAUCAGCAGCAGACCCUCCCUCCCAGACCCUGCCACCUCCUGGACAGCAUCCAUUUUACAUUCAUUGUGAAGCUGCAUUCUUAGUGAGCUGUCCAGGAGGUGGGAGGGUCUGGAAGGGAGGGUCUGCUGCUGAUUGGCUGGAAUGUGUCUGCUGACUGUGAGGUACAGGGUCAAAGUUUACUCAAUGAUGAGUCCACGGCGAACAGUUCGGGACAUCACUACUGUAUAAUACUUCAUAUGUUGCUCAGCUAUGUCGUCUGAGUACAGCAAUACCACCAUAUGUACCUUUGCCAGGUAUAUGUGGAUGUUGAAGGGGCGCAUUUGAGAUGCAGCCAUUCAGUUUUUUUCUAACUUUGAAGUUUUACGCUGUGUCCAUGUUCCAAUUUGGAGUAGUUUAGAUGGUUGGUUAUUGAAACUUCCUCACAAACACAAACUUUUUAUUAAAUAAUACACCCUGGGGUAAUUCAAAAGGCAUAUUUUGAACCUUAGCGUGGGAUUAUUUUAUCUCUAGUGUGUUCCAGGUGUAGUGGUAAUGAGCGUUUUUAAAUGUAUUUAUUUACUUUUUGAAACUUUUUUACUUUUAAAAACUAGUUUUUAAACUUUUGUUUUGCUUAUUAAUUUUUUUUAAACUUUCCUAAACUUUCUUAAAACUAUUUUACAGAUUUAAAAUUUUUCAAAGUUUUUUUUUUUUUUUUUUACCGUUAACCCCUAACUAGCAGUAAGCAGCACUAACAGUAAAUUCCCCAUUUUACCAUAACUCCCACCCACCCCAGCUAGCAAAAUAUAUAAUUAUAAAAUAUUUAAUAAAAAAAAGUUAAUCCUCACGGGUUUAAAAAAAAAAAUAAAAAAAUAAAAAUUAGAUCACAGUAUAAUACUGUGAUCUGUAUUUUGAUCACUGUAGGCAGUGAUCGACUGGCAGGGAAGGUUUUUUUUGGGGGGGACUGGGUAAAGGGGGUGUUUUUUUAUUUUUUACUUAAACGUUAUUACAACUUGUUUUUUUUAGCUUAAUUUUUAACUUUUAAAAGUUUAUUUUAAAACUUAACAUUAACCCCUAGUUAGCCUUACACCAAAUCCCCCAAUUCCCCACUAAAAGAAUUAACACUCAGGGGUUAAAAAUAAAUAAAAAUUAGAUGACAGUAAAAUGUAAUUCCUGCCAGUUGAGCACUGUAGUAAAGGGGGGAUGGGAUUUUAAAUAAACCUUAUUUUUAUUUUUUAUAAACAGGAUCAGCACUGUUCCGGCUCCCUGCACUUCACACAGAACCAGGAGGCAGACCGGAGCACCAUUAACCCCGCGAUCGGCGCGAUAGUGGCGAUCCGGGGUUAAUUUUAACAGGUGACGGACAAAGUCCGUCACUCGUCGUUAUGGCAAUCCCCUGAAUGACGGACCUUGUCCGUCACUUGUCGUUAAGGGGUUAGUAAACAAUAAUAAUGUAAUUCAAAAAUAAAGAAUUUUACUGACAAAUUUUAUUUCAUACCUGUAUACAGAGGAGUCAGAAUUUUGCUUGAAUUAACCAAAUCUAUGAACCUAGCCGGCCUAGUGUCAGUGGCGAUGGUAGAGCCAUGCAUUAGGCCCCUUAAUACCAAAUUAACAUCUUAUGAACUUUGUUGAAUUCCUGAUUUUGAAGAAUUCUUCUAGAGCUCAAGGCAAAAUGGUGAUACUAUGUGGUACCAUUAAAGUAACUCUGGACAUAUUGAUAAAUCGCUCUAAGCCUGUAGUUGAUAUACACUGAAUUGGUCAACACUCAAACGGUCCUUAUAAUGUGUAAAAAUGAAAAAGUGUGUAAAUAUUGCUAACUGAUAUGGAGGGAAGGAUGCAAGAUUAGAAACACACACACACACACACACUCUCUCAACUAGUCUUAGAUCAGAAAAUAGAUCCUAUACAAAGUAACAUUAUUGCUGACUCCAGGACACUCCAUUUAAUAUAGAUGUGAUUAAGGCAGCGGAGUCAUGCGAGGUGUUACAUCUGAAAGUCAGCAUUUAACAAUCCAUAAAUUUCAGUAAGCGUUGCAAAAUAACUGCAAGUUAUUUUGUUUUUAUCACUUGUAUUCUAGGGGUCACUCAGAGUUACCAAGGUAGACUAAGGACAAUUUGGAGAACAGACUAGGCUGCUGUCACGUCAUUGUGAGCAUUUUAUCCAGAAUCCUUGCUCACUUUGUCGACAGUCUCUUUUUAGACUUGCUGUGAAAUCACAUGCUCCUAUGUUCAGCAAAAGCCUUGUCAGUCUCACCCCCAACCCACGCUCUGCGGUUUUGUGUGAUCCAAGUUAAAAUAGAAAUAUGUGGUUAGAUUAAAAAAAACAAAAACAAAAAAAAACACAGCAAAAAAAGUUGGGAAGAGAAGCAAGUUAGGUCACACUUGUUUUGUGUGCGUGUCUGUACCAUUUAUACAAAAUACAGAUUACAGUGUAUCAGUGUAUGUAUACACACACACACACACACACAAAUGCAGUUUUUAAUUUUACAAGGCUAUUUAUAAUUACCGAUCUGCAAACAAAUAUUGUAUGGGGAUUCAGAUGUUUUGUUUUUUUUAAGCAGAUUUGUCACGAUACAUUGUUAAUAUAUACUUACAAACUGUCACUUUGGUUUAGUUAUGGUACUUUCGUUUUUUUAAUUUAUUUUGCUCACAUUCUGAGUAACUAUAUAUUAACAAUGCACUUACAAUGGGUUGAUUUAAUGUACUUUAAUUUAUAUUCACAAAGCACUGUCACUAUUUUAGUAGUUGUCUCACAUAUUGAAAUUAGUGUAGGGCCCAUCGAUAUUGGGGUACUGUGGCGUAGUAGUGGACAUUAGAGUUCCCUACAGUGCCCCCCCCCCCACCUCACAGCCCCCGCAUUGGACACUUACCCGAGUCCAAUGCAGAUGUCCCUCGACGCUGGCUCUGCUUCAAUGGGUGCACUUGCAUUAGUACUUCCCCAUAGGAAAGCAUUAUACAAUACUUUCCCACGGGGUUUCAGGUGAGGCUGGAUGUCCCCAUGCAUAACGUGAGGAUGUCCAAAAGUCGCCCAUUGACACGGAAGUCCCUCUAGUGUCCCUUUCAGACAAUAUGGCCAAACUGAAUCCCCAUAUUUGUUUGCCAAGAUAGACGAUUUUAAGUAGGCUUGUAAAACGUAAAAAACUAUUUGUGUGCGCUAUCGCCUAAUCUGUAUUUUGUGUUUAUUUUGGUCUGUACGGCAGCACCACUGCUGAGAAAUGCAUGCCCCCCAAUUCCCUUUCCUUUUUUUAAUGUACCAUUUAUAACCACACUUGUUUUUAGGCUUGUUUGACAGAGUAUAUUGAGUGGCACUGUUUUGGUAUAUUAAUAAUACUAUGAUUGCAAGUUCUGUGGGUCAGACACGGUUGCAUAUUCUACAUUAGGUGGUAUGGAUAGAGUCCUAAUAACUGUGAAGGCCAGAUAUAAAAAUAUAGCAAAACAAAUGCAAGAGUAUUACCUGUACAAGUUAGAGCAGGAUUAAUUUUACAGAGGGGUUAUACAGUAAAUUAGGAAUAGUGGAGAAUUGACAAGGGUAUAGCAGAUUUUAUUUUCAAAUUAGUGCUGGACCGGCUCCAAGAAUAAGGGAGCAAUGCUCAAAGCUAUACUGCUGGCAGCUAAAAUCAGUUAUUUUUAUACAGGAAUCUAUUAUUAACUACCAGUCUGUUAAAUGGGUAUUUUUUUUUACCAGUGUGCUAGGAUUCCUACAGCAUAGGUAUUAAUUGUAUAUUAUGACUGUGUCAUGAAAUGCAUUAUAGUAGGUUAACACUUGCUUGUCUCACUGUUAGAUUAACAUACCGAUAAUCAAUGUGGGUUUGUUUUUCCAUUAUUAUGAAUUUCUUUGAACAGAUUUUUUUUUUUUAGUAUUCACAGUUAGUGAUGUCCCGAACGGUUCGCCACGGACUCAUCAUUGAGUAAACUUUGACCCUGUACCUCAGUCAGCAGACACAUUCCAGCCAAUCAGCAGCAGACCCACCCUCCCACCUCCUGGACAGCUCACUAAGAAUGCAGCUUCACAAUGGAUGCUGUCCAGGAGGUGGGAGGGUCUGGGACAUCACUAUUCACAGUAGAAAGAUAGCUGGGGAUUUAGCAGCAAAAGUAUUUUUUACAAGAGGGAGGAUAAAAAACCCUGAGGCGAUGAAUGGGCAUUACACCAAGUGUGUUCUGCAGAGAUAAGGUCGUUCUAGGGCAGUGCUCAGGCCCUGAACCACUUUAUACUGGCUUUUUAUCUGUAUAUUCCAGCUAGCUACAGUGAUGACUAGAACAGAAAGCAUUAAAAAAAUAAAAAUAAAAUUUUUAAAAAUAGAAUCCGUCAACCAAAUUUGUUUUUUGAACAGCUAGUGGUAUUAUAUGGAGUCUUAGUAACAUAUCAUAUGUUACUCAGGUUUCCUGUAUUCUGUGACAUAGGUACCAAAGCAUUCGCCUGUGCCAUCGGCAUGAAUUCCAUCCUAAACCCAGCCAGUAUAGGUGCAGCAAAGGGUCCCCACGCAGACAGUCAAUCCAUUUUCCUCUUGUUUCCAGUCCAAUCAAGGCCAGAGGUCAACAGGUUCUUCUGUGUUUCUCUUUGGUUUGAUAAGGACAGGUUAAUGUAAGCACACUAAACCGCUUUUUAACAAUUGUAAUCUGUUAAACACCGGUACUCAUCACCAGGCUGAAUUGCAACUUUCCUUUUAAUGUAAUAUGGGUAGUUUGAGCAGUGGUAACGUAAUGUAAUACGGCAGGUUUAAGUCCUGGUUCAGACUGGCCAAGACACCUAAGGAAAUACAUCUGCCUUCCUUAGUUUGUAAUAUUGUAUAACCCCUGAAGGACACGUGAAGGAAAUAUUCUGUCACAAUUCCCUUUAUUCCAGAAGUUGUGUCCUUAAAGGGGUUACGCAGGGCUUUCAAUAAUUUUAAAUAUGUUGGCAGCAUAUAAAUACUAAGAAAAUAAAUGUAAUUACAUGCAAAUUUGCCAGUUUUAAUUUCUUUGUGCUUGGUUUAGUGAUUGCUCUUACAGUCUUUUUGAAUUUUUGUCACUGUUUAUUUUUCAGGAGAGCUCACCUUCGACUUUGCUUGGAACGUUUAAAAGACCUUAUACCUUUGGAAUCUGACAGCACACGCCACACUACCUUAGGACUUCUUAACAAGGCAAAGAUGCACAUCAAGGUAACAGCCUGACUCUUCACCAUUUGGUCCCCGUAUCCAGGCACUAACAUCUUCUGCCAAAGUUCAGCCUUUCUAGAAGAGUCAACAUUUGACAAGCUGUGCCCUUAACUAAAAACAUCUGGAUGGCCAGACCUCUUUACUCUCCAAACAUUAAAAUGCAGAUGGCUCUUAUACUUUCUAAAACAACUAGCAUUUGAAGGAAGAAAAAAAAAAAGCUAGUCAGUUACAAAAAUCUUGCACUAAUUCAUUGCAAGUCUCCAUCCAAGAGUGUUAAUGUAUAGAAGAGACUUUUGCUGGAAAUCUUUGUUAAAAUGUAAUUAUUCUAUGACAGAAACUUGAAGACUCGUCGCGAAGGGGACAACACCAGCUUGAUAUGCUAGAAAGAGAACAGAGGUUCCUAAAGAGAAGGCUCGAGCAGCUCCAAGGGUGCCCGGAAUCAGAGAGAACACGAGUAGAUAGUAUUGGGUCAAACCAUUCCUCUGACCGAUCUGACUCAGAACGAGGUAUGUACCAGUGAUUGAACAUGUUGGGUAAUGUCUGCCAGCAUAAGAAACAGAGUUACAUUUUAUAGUGUCUGGGUUAAUCACACAGCUGCCCGAGAUAAGGAUUCAAGUUAAAGUGUUUUUAUUUUUCUAGGUUUUGAUCAGGAUAAAUCCCUUUAGAAAAGAGGACACUAUAGGCACCCAGACCACUUCAGCUCUUUAAAGAGGUCUUAGUGCAUUAUCUCUGUCCGUUUAACCGUGCAAUGGUAAUUAUUGCACCUAUUGAGAUACUGUAAUAAUUACCUUGCAGGGUUAACUCCACCUCUAGUUGCGGUCUACCAGACAGCCACUAGAGGCGCUUCCGGGUGGUUAGGCGACUUUUGGUUGCAUAACCAAUGGUGGACGUCCUCACACUAUGCAUGAGGACAUCCAGUGGCAGCUAAAUCUCCAUAGGAAAGCAUUGAAACAAUACUUUGCUAUGGAGUUGUCCUAAUGCAAUCUCGCUGCGCAUGGGUAUUAGGUCCCCGACAUCGAAGGCAGAGAUUGACAUGGGCACUGAAUUCAGGUAAGUUUCAAAAUGUUUUUUAAACCUUUCAGCGCUGGGUGAGGCACGAGCAAGAGGGGCAGUAUAGGUUACGAGUACAAUUUUGUAUUUCUAGCCUACAGUUUUUCCUUUAAUUUGCUAUAUCCUUCAACAUGAUAAAGAUUAUGUUUUUAUGGGCACGCUUUUGGGUGGGUUUGUGAUUGUCAUUCUGGAUUCUUAACUUACGUUUGUCCUACAGAGGAGAUUGAGGUGGACGUUGAAAGCACAGAAUUCUCCACAUUGGAAGUGGACAGCAACAGCAGUACCAGUAUCAGCGACUUAGAUGACCAUAGUAGCAUGCAGAGUUUGGGCAGCGAUGAAGGAUACUCCAGUGCUAGCAUUAAGCUUGCCUUCAAGUCGUAGGACAAACCAUGACCAUUCUACAAAUACAGGAAGUAAAGGCUGUGGGGUUUAUUGUUCGACAACUCUGGGGCCAUACUUAACAGCUAUUUUGGAGUUGAACCAGCUGACCACAACCAGCACUUGAUUAUCACUGGGGAUUUUAUUCUGCUUGGUGGACCAAAAACGGCUUGUGUCUUUGUCUUUGAAAUCCAAAUUCACAGGUUGCUCCAUGAAGAGCACACAAGAAUCUUACAUUGUUAGAUGUUCUCAUAAGCUUCUAUUAACUGACAACAUUCAGCACAAUGUAUUUGUUGCAGAGCUGAACCUUUGACGAUAAGAGACUCUUUGCCUGCCAUUGCCUUCUCUUGUUAAGCAGCCAAACGCUUGAUUAUGGCAGACACUCAUGACUGCAAUUUCAGCUUUACCAGCAUGUGUGAAGGAAUUUUUGUACCUUUAAAGCACUCUUCAUUUAAAUAGAUCACUUCUGUGAUGCAAUUGUAAGAAUGAUACAUCAUAUCUUUGGACACAGUACUUUUAUAAGCCAGCUUUUUUUGUGUGUGUAAGCGGUCAUCAUGAUGAAAUCCAAUCCAGUAUGUGAGGUCACAAACAAGCACUAUGUGAAUACACCUUGACUCUUUAAUUUACAUGGCUCAUAUCCACUGGGUGUAUUUGAAGAUGUGUGAUCUUCAACUUAACAUCUUCUAGGGACUUCAGGACAAUCAGCUGUUUCCCACCGUGGUCAACACGGCAAAGUAUAUUAGGAUUUCAUAGCUUUUUUCUUUUUCUACCAUUCAGAAUGACCCCGUAAUGGUCAACCUGUAGGAUUUCCACAGUUUUUCAGCAAACACUCAUUCUCAACCAAACCGAGCUCCGAAAUUAUCUAGAAACGUGGCCUGUUAUCUUCACAUCUGCAACCCAUGCUUAGUACUCCUGUAUAGUUUGCAGGUAAAAUAUACAUGUCAUUUAAAAAAAAAAAAAAAAAUGAAUAGAAAGAUUUCUUAGAGAUCUAGUCCUAAUAAUAUUUAAUUUAACAGUUUUUAUUGAAAUACACUAUGGCGAUUAAAAAUCUCAGAACUGUGUCCCUGUUCCAAGGGACAUCAGACUAAGGCAAAAAAAAAAAAAUAGAAAACCCAACACAUAAAAUGUAAUUAUCCCAUGGAUUAGUAAGUUUUGUUGUUUUUGUUUUAUGUUAUAAAAUUUUUCAGCAUUAAGUUGUCAAAGGCACAGACAGGGCAAUUCAUGAAAAACUAGCAAUUUACAUUUUCCCCCAUGAUCCUCUUGUGCACGGAAAAUUUACGUUUUGAAAAAUAGAAAGCACCAGCUGGCAAGUGCUUACAAAACAAAAAAGGUCUUGUGAAUUAGAGAAUCAUGAAGAAGAAGGGGGAAAAAAAAAAAAAAGUAAUUUGCAUGUAAUUAUUCAAAAAGAUACUACUUUUGUCCGAGUCCCUUAAAAUAAUUUAAAAUAGCUUUGAUAUUUAUGUUCAUAUCUUUAUAUUCAUCAGAUCAUCUUUCACACAGAACCAUUUUGCGUUCCCUUUAAAAACCUCUUGCACAAUCUUUGCAGAAUUUUAAAUAAUUUAUUUCUUGACUUAAUUUAAAUAUACAUCUUAUUAACCUUCUAAUAACUAUACCGCUUGUGGCAAACCCUGGCAUGCCUCUGGUUUGUGAAAUACAUUAAGCCAGUUUUAAGGCUGUGGAAGAAUCAUGUGAAAUAUAGCUAAAACCAACUUGGGUGCCACGGUUUACCAUCACUUGUUAUUUUGCUAAAAUCUUUCUUGAAAACCAUUAUUUAAUCAGAUUGUCAUUAACCUAGAAAAUGUGAUUUCACCACCACCACUACAUUUUUCCACUCCAGAAAAAAAAAAAAAGUGCUAAUAAACCUCACAGUAUUGCAGUCAGGAUCUCAUGAUGUCCAUACAGUUUGAUCGAUAAUAAAAUAUAAGAUCGUAAUAGAAUGUUUAGGUUUUUUGGAAUUCUUAUCACAUUUAAAAGUACGUUUUUUCCAAAGUAUUUUCACACACGGGCAUAAAUCGCUGUGUGUGAAGGUGAAUCGAAUAUAUGGGGGUGUCUUUUAGACAAAUAAUUGUUCAACUUUGUAAGUUGUUUCUCCGUCUUACUAUUCGGGAAAUUAUACUAGCCUUUAUUUUAGUAUUGAUACUCUGGCAUUAAAAGAACUGAAUACAUUAUAGAUAUUGCUUUCUUUUCCCUGCGCUCAGCUCAAUAUAUUAGACACAAGGUGACUAUUCAAGAAUUCAAAGUGAAUUUUAAAUUUUAGGUCGAAUUAACCAAAUUGGAAGAUAAAAAAAAAAUGCUUAUAUAGGGAUUUCGAAAUUUGCCUAUUUUAGGUUAAUUUCAAUUCCUAACAAUUUACAUAUUAGUGACUAAGCCGUGACAGAAUUUGUUACCCACCACAAAACAAAUGGACCACUAACUGCAGAGUAAGCUGUAUGGUCAAGAUAUAGAACGUUAUUGACCAAAGUGUGCAUUAUCAACUUUAACAGAAUUUCUUUAUUUCAUAUUAACCAAAAAACAGCCAAAUAGGAGACAUUUUUUCAGCUUGUUACUUUGACCUAAAAUGUCAAAUUCACACUUUGGAAAAUAUCUUGCUUAAUGAAUACCCAUUUACAUAGUGUGUUUUUUAUUUUUUCUAAUAAUUAAGGGUAGGUCUACUAAACAGUGUUUUUAGUACUUUGGCAAUGGAAUGUCCCUUUAAUGUAGUUAAAAUUAACUCAGAAUCUCUGACAAAUUAAGAAACUGCUUCAUUUUAGGAGACAUUAGGAGACAGAGACAUUAGGAGACAUUCAUUGUUCAUGUACCGAUUUCAUAUUAAAAACAAUCUUCAGCACAUUGACCAGACUUCCAUGGCAAAUUUUUCUGUAACAGUCCGACAUGAGCGUAAUAAAAUAAAGAUACACACAUUAACAAAAGUAGUUUUAAAUAAUCUAAAAUGCACAAAUGCAUAAUGCUGGAGGCACCUGGGCAUUUCGUUAAUAUUUAUCUUUUUAAUUAUUACUUUUACAUUUAAACAGUGAAAUGUGUGAUCAAGGAUUCCAAAGAUCGCCUUUUCCUUGCCUUUUCUCCCAUUUUAAAAAUAUUUUUCUUCUUAAAUGUACUUCUCCGCACUUAAAAAAAAAUGUUUUUGCCAGCAGAGACAACAAUACACUUCAGGCUGGGAGAUGAUCAUUAUUUUACAUCUAUUAGAAAAAUGAAGACAUUGAUAAAUACAAAUUAAAAAAACAAAAAAAAAACUAUGCUUUUAACGUUCAUGCAUUUGCUGCAAAUGCCCAAGCUCUUUUGCUUCUGCAGUGAGCUCCGCCUGAAAGAGGCUUAGCCAGUCAGGUUGCUCUCAUUUUGAUGAAUAGAUUCUGGUUUUAGGAGCGUUACUUUAUGUGGAGCUUCCUAGCCUGUCUGUAAAGUGCCCUUAGUGCGAUUUCUGUUUUGCCUAUUUAUAAAGUUCUGACAUUCUGUACGACUAGCCUGUUGGCAUGUUCAAAUCAAGCCCUUUAUCGAAUCCCAGAACUCCAUAUCCCCAGCUCUCAAAAAGUGAAUCUUAACAUUGGAUGUGGAGUAGAGUAUUAUACAAUCUUGUUUCAUUUCGAAAAUAUAACUAGAACCGGUUUCUGGUGCACACAAACUCAUAUCUCACAGCAUUAGUGCCUCUUUAAUUCUCUUUUAUUUUGGCAAAGGCCUUUCUUGUGUUUUUGUUAAAUACUAUUAAAACUCUUUAAUUUAACUUACCCUAUUAAUAAGAAAAACAUAACUUAAUAGGAAUCUCUAAAUUAUUGUUGAAUUUAUUGAAUUUGUUUAUUUCUUGUUUUGUUUGUUGUAUUUGGCAGCAUGGUGCACACCCAAUGCAAAUAAUAAAAAAA